AUGAUGCCUCUAGCACCGACUCCGAUCGUCGCCAUACCGACGAAGCCAAAAAUCGGUUUCAGCAUCGACUCCAUCGUAGGAAGUCAAAACAAUAACAAUAAUAACAACAACAGCAGCGUACGCGAACGCGAAUAUGCAAAACGCGAGCGUUACAGCCCGAACAGCGAAGGCAGUGAUCGCGCUCCGUCGCCCGCCAGCGAUAAUAGUUAUCACAACUCAAGCCUGCAUCGAAGAAGAGGUAGCCUCAGUCCGCCAGUCGGACCAGCGGACAGGACGCCUCCACCGCCUAUGCAACCGCAAAUGCCACCGGCAGCAACCGCUUCAGUUCCAGCUCCUGCGAUACUCCGGCCAAGUCCUAUGGCUCCGCACGCAGCGGCCGCCGCGGCAGCGGCUGCGUCUCUUCCUUAUCACCUCAACCAGCAAGAUCUCGUCGUGCAUGCACACAAUCAACAUUUCCUAGCCGCUCAAUUCCAAGUUGCGGCCGCUCUUGCCCAUAAUCAUGGAGCAGCGGCGGCACAAAAUGCGUUCGCUCAUGCAGCGGCCGCGCACGGACACCACCCUCCAGCAGCCGGACACCAUUCACCCGCCGCACCGAGAGACUCUUACCCGCUUUACCCGUGGCUGCUCAGCAGGCACGGGAGGAUAUUCCCACAUCGAUUUCCCGGAGGACCUGAUAUACCCGGAUUCCUGCUGCAGCCUUUCAGAAAACCAAAACGAGUACGAACCGCCUUCUCGCCAUCGCAACUUCUCAAAUUGGAGCAUGCGUUUGAAAGCAACCACUAUGUGGUUGGAGCAGAACGUAAACAAUUGGCGCAGGCACUCAGUUUAACGGAAACUCAGGUAAAAGUUUGGUUCCAAAACCGGCGGACGAAACACAAGCGAAUGCAGCAAGAGGAAGACCAAAAAUCUGGUUCCGGCGGCCAGGGCAACGGCGGUUCCGGUAACGGAGACAAAGGUUCCUCCGGAAACGGAGCCUCCGGCAAAGAUUACUCAGGCCUGGACGACGACGAAGAAUUAAUCGAUAUGGAAAUGGACGAUUGCAGCGGAGAAGAGAGCGACGCGUGACUUAGAGCGGUCGAUCCUGGUGACCAGGAUCUGGACAGCCCAAUUAUGAUGCUUUAGAAUAAGAAC